ACACAUACCACAAGCACAUACUUGAUAUAGAGAGUGAAAGAGAUGCUUAGACAUCCGUUCUUACAGCAGUGUUGAGACAUACUUUAAAAUAUGAACAUGGACUUCGACUACCAGCACUUAAAAGAUGUUGAAAAACACAAACGAGAGGAGCGAAUCAGAGGCCUGCAAUCUGCUCAAGACACAGCCGUCCGCCAGAUUCCUCCAGUCAGACCCAGGAGAAGCUUAAAGGUCCCCAAAACCCAUCAGGAGGAGGUGGCCAUACCAGCCAAGCAAACCAAUAGUGAGGUAAAUGAGCUUCCACAGAUUGUGGUGAAGAAGAUGUCUCCUGCACUGACACUGGGUGGGCCCGGGCCCCUGGAGCCCUUGUCGCCUUCUCUUCGAGCACACACGUUAUUGUGGUUCGAAAGGACCCAGCUCCCCCGCCUGUGUUGGCCUGGCCACGCACUGCCCCGCUGGCUCCAUGGCUUUGCCACACGCAGGGAGGCGGAAGAGCUUCUGAAAGACAAGCAUCAGGGCUGUUUCCUGCUCCGGCUAAGUGAAUCAAAGAUUGGAUUUGUACUCUCAUACAGAGGACAGGACAGGUGCCGCCAUUUUAUAAUUGAGGAAGAGGCCAGCAGCAGAGGGGUCUGUUAUCUCAUCUCUGGGGAGGAGAGUCGCCAUGGCAGUCUACCGGAGCUGGUCAACUACUACACCCAGAAUCCUGUUGGGCCCUACAACGAGAUGCUCACCACACCCUGUGACAAGUCCAGACAAGCUUACGUGGACACAGUUGAACAUGACCUGCAGGGGGAAGGUGGAAAGAUUACCGAAAAUGAGGCUUCUGUACUGUCGUCAACGGCCACCUGUACCCCUGACACUGUCCAAAUGCCAGAAGUCUCAGCCAGCUCAGCCUCUAACGAUGACAGGAUGCCCGAUUAUGCUGCAGUGGUGAAGAAGAAGCUCCAGAAGUCAAAUUCUCUUCCAGAAAACCAGUUUGGGAAGCUGAAUGAGGUGAGAGUUCUGGUCCAUCCUCCUGAAGAUGAUGCCACAAAAUGCAACGUUAGCUGUGAAGGAGCAGGUGGUAGGGGUGAUGACCAUCAUGAGGCAACAUAUGCUCGGGUUAACAAGCCACCGAGGGUGCUUUCCCAGGUGGACAGGUCUCCCUACGUCAAUGUGAACCCUCCAGGCCAACAGGGGGCAAUGCCAUCCUCCUCUGUCCCUGCGACACACCAUGGCUCAGCAGUGGAUCCUGGCUACUGGAAGCUAGAGCCUCUACACACCUAUGAGGAAACCUUUCAGCCGGCCCGAAGUGAAGAGGAAGUGAUGGAACACAUAGACUUUAACGCCAUGGGGCAGUGGCGGGAUGCAGACAGUAAGGAUAACGUGGAAGGCCCCCGGAAUCACCUCUACUCAGAGGUGAACAUAAGAGGAGCCAAACAGGGCCCCAGUCACACCCCUCUUCCCACUAGGAUGGCUCCAAGCCUGCCUUCCAGACCCCCUCCCAGGGCCAUUAAUUGCCCCGCUCGACCGGAAAGGAGUGUGCAGCAAAGUGGAGAACCCCUCUUGUCUUUUUCCCCAUCCCAACAUGGGGUCUUCCAGCUACCUUGUUCAGAACGACAUUUGACUGAUAAGGAGGGGACCAGAAUCUAUGAACAGAUCCAAGACAAGUCGAGAAGCUCCAGGCCUCCACUUCCACCACUUCCUCCACCAAAUGCCAAACACUGAUCACGCUUUCCUGCUAAAGCCCCUGCACUGUGAAUGGACUAAUACGAUUUCAGCCACAACUGUCCUCCCAACACAACUGAA